GGAUUUUCCCUUCUCUCAGGGAUUCCAGCAUGUUCCAGCACUUAGUCAAUUAAACACGAGGGAGAAUCUGCAGAGGGAGGAGAGUUGCCACCCUCCCCUCCCACAGAUAGCCUGUCUGAGUCUACCUGGGCCAGGGGAGUCCAGCCCUGCAAGGGCCCAACCCUAAACAGGAAGACUGACCAAGAGCCUGCCAUGAUACCCUCUGGCUCACCUGGCAGGACCUGCACUAUCUUGGGGCCUUUCCCCUUGUACCUAACCUGAAAUGGGUUCCUCAAUCUGGGAUGGCUUUGGAGAGUCUGUCUUUGUUUUCCUUUCAAAUAGGAAGAAGCAGCUCUUUUGUUCAUAGGUGAAAGCUGCUGAACACCUGGAGCACACACCUGCGGGCUGGGACGCCAAGCCUGCGAACGCUGUGCGGCUUGUGCUCCCAGCUAGCCAAUAGAGCUUGGUUUCUCUACCGCCAGGGGCGGAACCUCCAGGCCUAGCCAAUGGGGAGCCGUCUUGUGGAGGGUGGGGCCUGCAUUUCAGCCGCGGGAGCAGUGGAAGAGCAGCAAGGACGCAGCGGUCUCAAAACUGCCAACCGCGUCCAGGACGACCAUCCGGAUUCCGUACCGUGGGGCCAGGAAGGGCCGCCAGUAGGGGACACAGCGGCUACAACGAGACGAGGCAGAAUCGCGCGCAGCCAUGACUGAGGCAGCCGCUGCACGGGACUGGCAUAUGGGGCCUGACCUCCAACAACAGGCCCAGAUCCAGUGCACAGAGACCUCCCUUUUAGCUCUCCUAGCUGCUAUUCAGGCAGUGGAGAAGAAAACAGAGUCCCAGGGUAUCCACCUUCAAAAUUUGGAAGUGCGGACAGGAUCAGCCGAGAAGAAGCUGACUGACUUCGAGAAGACAGCUGUGGAGUUCAGGAACCAGCUGGAGGGCAAGUGGGCCGUGCUGGGGACCCUGCUGCAGGAGUACGGGCUGCUGCAGCGGCGGCUGGAGAACCUGGAGAACCAGAUGCAAAACCGGAACCCCUGGGUCCUGAGGCUUCCUCCCAGCAGCAAGGAUGAUGCCCCCAAGGUUUCUGUGACUACUGAAGAGGUGGCUGGGUGUUUCCCGGAGCAACAGGAAGGCAGCCCAGAAGACUGGCAGAAGGAGCUCUGUAAGCAUGUGGCAAAGGAAAGGCGUGAGGUGCUGGGCUCUCUAGAAACAGGCCAGCUGGAAUCUGCCCCGAGUGUUCUUCCCUGGAUCAAGCAAGAGGAAGAGGUGUGUGAGAAGACCCUGCAAGAGACAACCAGUGCAUCCCUAUGCUCAGAAACAUGGCUGGCUAACAAGAAAAGGACCCUGGAGGGGAUGUCCCUGGCCCCAGAGCCAUCCUGGGUGACUGAAGGGGGACCUGGCAAGGAGGAUUUCAGCGAGCAGGGUACCUGUGGUGAUCUGCUCCCUGUUUGCAGAGAGAGAGAGGCCUCCUCCCUCCCUCGAGGCUCUCAGAGUCAGCCUGUGUCCGCUGCUGAGGGCACUGAGAAUGGCCAGAACUUUAAUGUGCAGGAGCUCAGCACGCAGCUCGAGUACUCACACCAUGGAUCGCAGCCCUUUGCCGGUCUCCAGUGUCCCCAAAGUGCUGCACAGCAGGUCGCUCUCACCAGGAAUCGUCGUGCACCCGCAGCCCAGCGUGCCUACACCUGUGUCCAGUGUGGCAAGAGCUUCGUCCACCAGUCGACACUUACCACACACUACCGCACACACACUGGGGAAAAGCCUUACAAAUGUGCUGAGUGUGAGAAGCGGUUUGGCCGCCUGUCCACACUGCUGGAGCACCAGCGUACCCACACUGGAGAGCGGCCCUUUCCCUGUGCACAGUGUGGCCGUCGUUUUGGGCGCCUGUCCACUCUGGUGGAACAUAGGCGCACACACACGGGUGAGAAGCCAUUUCCAUGUACCCAGUGUGACAAACGUUUCACACGCCUGGCCAACUUGACCGUGCACCAGAGUGUGCACUCAGGUGAGCAUGCUUUCCAGUGUACCCAGUGUGGCUCAUGCUUCACGCACAAGCCCAGUUUCCUGCGACAUCUGCGUAGCCACUCUCAAGAGAAGCGCUUUACCUGUGGCCAGUGUGGCAAGAGCUUCACCUGCCGCUCCUGGCUGGUACGCCAUCAGAGCAGUCAUGCACAUUCAGCAUCCUCUGCUUAUGUGGCUUGUGAGAGGAGCUCACCAAGUUAUGUGCCACCUACAGGUCUCUUUAAAGGUUCAGCCAGGGGAAAGUUCUCCAGUGACCCUUCUGUCUCGCCCAGAUCCAAGGACACUAGAGUUAGUCAGGACCACAAGGCAUAUGGCGGAGGUCAGCAGCUCAGCAACCAUGAUCAGGAAAGUCUAGUGGGGUCUCUGCAUAGUUGUCUGUCUGUAAAGAUGGAGAAUGCGGGGUAGCACCCAGAGAGCUCUGUAACGAGGCCACUAGGACACAGGGCUUCUCCGUGAUUCCAAGCUUCUCCUGGAUCAGAUGUAUGGUGCCUGCCAUCUUCUUGGCUUCCCAGGGCUUGGACUGCAGGUGCUAAGUGCCCCUGGGAUUCUUCCUGCAGGGAAGCUUCAUGCACACAGAAAAUGUUGCAGAAACAAGCAGCUCGAC